UCUCCUUCCCGCAUGCAUAUGUAGUAGCCAUGCACGUAUAGUUGUCGCAAUUAUGGUUACUUGACUCAAACGGACUGUCAUACAUUUGACGUUUUUCGCUCUAAUGACAGACCAAACACAAACAUAAAACAAAAAAGUCCAAAUGAGAGCUAUAUAGAGAUAUACAUAUAGUCAAACUAAGAGCAAAAGUGAGCAAAGCAUAGAAAAUCGUCAAAUUGAAAAAAGCCACUUAAAAAUUGUGUGUAGAUCUAUUUUUUACGUUGUGAGGGCCAAGCAAUGGAUCGAAAUAAAGCAAAUAUUUCGCGUCCUAGCAAAUCAAAAAUUGGCGCACCUCAUCAUGGAAGUGAAAUAUUUGCAUUGGGCUCGAAAACAACAGCAUCAACUAGUAAUCGUGAAGACAAUAAAAGUAAGGUUAUGUCAUCAACGGAUCGAAAACGGGAAGCAUCAUCAACAUUGACCGCAAAUGUUUCGAAAAAACCAAAAUUAGCGAUUAGUAGUGUAACCAGUUCAAUACAUUCCACCAGUUUUGCAGCAUCAGCAAGUCGUACGAAUCAUGAUGUGCCAAACAGUAGUUCAACGCAAAAUCUCGAAUACUGGGAACAAGUGGCACAAGAAUGUGACGGUUCCGAGCUUGUGCAGUCAGUGUUAACAGCAAUUGAUCGUCAGGAUAGCGACCAAGUGGUGGCAUUAUUGUGCGGUGCCAUUAAAUCGAUAACAAUGCGACAGAAAAUGGAUAAUUCACAAACAUUAUCAUUACUUUAUUUGGCCAAACUUCGGCCGAGCAUGUUUUGUAAUGAAAUUGUGACACAGGCUUUAUUAUCAAUUCUACGACGUGAUUCAACGCCAACAUUUAAAUCGCGUUGCAAUCCAUCAACACAUAUUUUAGCCGCAAAUUUAUUGACACGGGGCUAUCACAACAAAACUCAAUGGCCAGAGACGUUUGUCCGGCACUACAUUGAAGAUGCGGUUAAUGAACGAGUUUGGGUGGAUUUUGAUGAGUGUUCUGCAUUUGUGGAAAAUAUUUGUACGGCAUUUGGUACAAAAACACCACCAAAAUCAAUGCUACAACCCGAUUUAAAUCCAUUGGGUACGAUUUCAACAAUUUCAUCACGUGAGGCAACCGACGAAGAUUCAUGCGAAGGAAGUUUAGCUGGUACCAGUACGGAAUCAACGAAAACGGGCGAAAAUCAAAUAAUUUGUGCCGUACAACCACGUUACACUCACAUGACUGAUGUCAUUGAAAAAUUAGUCAUCGAUAUUGUGAAAGAACAAUUUAAUAGACGUCAAGCGCCCGAUUGCUUAACACGGAAUUUUCUGAAAUUUUUGGCCUCGGUCAGCGGUAUCAGUGAUAUUCGAGCAAUGGCCGUACCAAGAUUGGAACAUUGGAUUCACAAUGGAAAAUUAAUGAAACCGGCACAGGAGCUUCUCACCUAUAUUUGUUUCAAUGUAAGCAGUAAUUCAGUGCGAGACAAUGAAGUGUUGGCCAAUUUAGUGAAAAUGCGAUUGAAAACAAAAGCACUUAUCAAUGUUUAUAUGAAUUGUAUCAGAGAAAUGAUAAACAUUCAGCCGGACAUUUUGUUUGUUGUAUUGAAAAAUGCCGUUCAAAAUGAACUAACAAAUGCCCGUAAUCCAAACAACAUGGGAAUGGGAAUGUUGGCAAGUAUAUUUCAAGCAAAACCCGAUGAAUCUGCACGUCAUUUGGCCACAAUUUAUCAGGAAUUUUUGUUGCAACGUGAAGAUUGUUUGCGUACGUUGCGCGUAUUUUUGCGUGAAUUGGUGAAAACACUACGGUACGACAUCAAAUUAACCGUUUUUUGCGAAGCAUUGCUAACGAGCAGUUCAAAUUUAAUACAUCAACUUGAACAUUUUGAAUUUCGAGAGCGAGUCUUUUAUGCAAUGACCGAUUUGGUGUGUUUGUGCAUGUUUCUAUCGGUGUCACCACAAAUUCGCGAAGCAAAUGUUCUGCUACGAGCUGGCCGUGAAACAAAAGGUAGUAAAAUUUUAAUUGAAUACUACGAUCAAAUGUCACACAUUCAACGUGUGGCAGUCAAAUGGAUGUAUGACACAGUGCCAAUAUUAUUUAAACCAUCCGAAACGGAGUAUACAUCAUUUUUGCAUAAAAUUUUACUUUUGGAUUCACCUGAAUCAUAUACCAAAGGCGAUCAAUGGCCGCCCGAACAAGAGCGUGCCUUAUUAUUACGUUUGGUAUCAGAGGUGCCAUUACAUCAAGAUACAAUUGUUUAUAUGUCAUUGAUUGGUGCUCAACGUGAGAUCCCGGUUAAAACUCCGGACGCAAUGGAAAUCAUUGAACAAGUAAUUCGGCGUUCGGCCGGUUUAAGAAUUGUUGACUAUCCAUCUCUGCUUGCCGAUAAAGUUGAAAUCAUUGAUUUGCUGUUUACAAUGGCCGAAUAUCAUCAUCCGGAAAAUAUAAAAUUACCAAAUGAUUAUGAACCACCGAAAUUGGCGAUCGCCUCACUAUAUUGGAAAACUUGGAACAUUUUAUUAAUGCUGUCCGCACACAAUCCAAGCACAUUUGGUGCAUUUUGCUGGGAACGCUAUCCAAUGCUACGCAAUUUAAUGGAAAUGUCAAUCACAAAUCAAUUUGCUAGCUAUCGAGUUCCCGAAGAAGAGUUACAAGUCAGCAUGCUGGAGAAAACGCAAAUUAUUGAAUUUGAAACUCAUUUGGCAGCCGCCACGUCGAAGGUCGUUAUUACCGAACAAAACAGUUUAUUGUUGUCACAAUUGAUCUUAAUGAAUCCAAUGGGUGUAGCACGGAAGCCGCCAGCGAUGGUGCUCGAAUUGCUACAAAAUCAAAAUACAACAUUAAAAUUGGGCCAUUUACUGUGCCGCAGCCGGAAACCAGAUUUAUUAUUGGAUAUAAUUCAUCGUCAAGGUACAUCACAAUCAAUGCCAUGGCUUGCUGAUCUCGUGCAAAAUAGCGAAGGUGAUUUCAAUCAUUUGCCGGUACAAUGUUUGUGUGAAUUUUUACUAUCGAACUCGUCAUCAAUGGACAAUCAUCGUGAUCUCGAAUUGCUGAAAUAUUUACAAAAUUUAUUGGCCGACGAAGAACAGGAUUAUCAAACAUCGUGCGAAGUUCUUGAAUAUUUUCUUCGCCGACUGUCAUCACCAUCGAAACAAGGUCGCAUCAAUGCCAUUAAUGCAUUACAAUUGCUGCUGAAAGUAUUUCAUAAUGAAGAUGAGGACAUUCAAAUGCAUCAAGACGAAUCGAGCUGGUUACUACAAUAUCUUCCAUUGAUGCCACAUUUUCCAGCUGUACGAUUGAUUGUUAUUACACAACUUAGAGCCGCCUGUCAAAUAGAAAACAACGCUGACUUGGUUAUGAUUUAUAUUCAAUUCAUUGCAGCAAAUACUUUACAUGAUCCGGUUAUGGAAAUGUUGGAUCACGUAAUGGAUUUAAGUCAGUUGAUUGUCGAACGAAAUACGUUGUUUUCCUGCAUUGUGCCGACUAUAAAAGACGAUGAAAAUCGUUUGCAAACGUUAAACUGUUUAUAUGUGAUGUUCAAUAACUAUUUGAUAAAAUUGAAGGAUUUUAAAGAGACCCCUGCACUGGCCAAGUAUCCAGAGCUCGUAAUGGUUCAAUUUCAAGAUGGUUCCCAGCAGCCAAUUCAUAUGAUAAUCAUUCAUGCAUUUGUUAUUCUUCUCACCUACGCUACGAUAAUUCCAAAUGCAGCUCCAUACUUGGAUUAUUGGUUUCCACAGAAUGCUCCACUUCCGCAUGCCUUCACCGUUGAAACAAAUGAGCCGGUGGUCAUAUUUCCCGAUUGGUUAAAAUUGAAAAUGAUUCGAAGUUCUGUGGAGCGUUUGGUUGAUGCAGCCAUGGAAGAUUUGACGCCACAACAAAUUGUUUUGUUCAUUCAGAGUUUUGGUACGCCAGUGAAUUCAAUGUCAAAAUUACUGGCAUUACUUGAUUUGGCUGUUAUUGAGCAAACGACAGCUGUGAAAGAAACCAUUGGCAAUGGAACCUAUUUUGCUCAAGUGAUUGAAAUUCAGCAGGCUCGUGGCGCAAAAAAUGGUCAUAUUGCAAUGCAAACAUUGCAAUUAAAUGAUAGUGUCUUAUCCGAUCAAUCGAGUCGUGAAAUCAUUGUAACCGAACAAUUAGAAAUUGCAUCGUGUAAACCACAACCACAGAUGAAUUCGUCACAAUCGAAAGAAAUCGAAGAAGUGGUUGAUUUGGUGUUGCAUGGUGAAACAUUGCCCCAUUCGCUUUUGCUUCGAUUCCGACGAUUGAUUCAACAAUUGCUCACAACUGACGGUCAACAUCAUUUGGCGAAACAACAACAGAACACCGUUGCAAAGGUGGUACAGUACCUUUUACGUAACAUUAAGUCACAACAUGGUCAAAACUUUUAUCAACGCAUUCUUCAAAGUUCGGCAGCCUGUUCAUUCUUUCGAACGCUGUUCAUUUCGGUGCAAGACAAAUCAUCAAACUACAACUAUGUUGCUAGCAUCAUCAGUCAUGCGAUGGAGGUCAUGAUCCCAGACAAUUGUCCCAUCAUUUUCCAAAUGGUUUUCAAUCAAGUGAAAAAUUACAUAAAAGUGGAUAAAGACAAAAAAAUUGCGGUAAAAAAUCAAGAUCUUUUACAAGUUUUACAGACGAGUACACUAACCGAACUGCAAGCAAAAGGCAAUCAUUUAUUCAAUGAAUUGAUAAUAAACAAUACGAAUCCAGAGAUUUUGGUCGAUGUCAUCACGUCAACGUUGAAAAAUUCGCAUAUCAUUAAAAUUGAAGAUGCAUCUGAAUUGAAUAAAAAUGGGCUGUUGAUUGAUUGGUUGGCUGACAUUGAUUCGGAGUUGAUACUUUCAACGAAAAUUAGUCUGGAUGUGAUGUUUAAACGUUCGUUGCCACAAUUUCGAUUCUAUUUAUUAUCGCUGCUGAGUCAUCAAGCCAGUUGGUCAACGCUACAUUCAAUCUUAGAUAAAUUGCUUUCAACAUAUAAUCCCGAUUACGAUUCAACAUCGGUGACACAUUUUAUAGCCGCAUUUAUUCGUAAUCCAAAACUGUGGCAAGGUCGUGAGAAGAAUACAUCAAAACAUUAUCAAAUUGAAUAUGUUUUAUUAUUGAACGAUAAACAAUUGAAAGUAUUCACCGAUUAUAUUUUAAGUGAGGAGAAUAUCGAUGCAGAGAAAUUGAGUGCACGCGUUUCAACAUUAUUGCAAUGCGUUCCGCCCGAAUUGCUUGACCUAAAAGAGUUGGUGUCAUACGUGCGAAACGAUUCAACUGCCACAAAUGAACUGAAAUGUCAAUUUUUACAGCAACUUUAUUUAAAUAUUCCACCAAUGAAAUUCACUGUACUCGACAUGGACGACAUUUAUUUGACAAAUGCAGUCAAACUGACGAAUUGCGAAACCGAUAAAGUCACAAAUAACAUAAUGACAGCAAUGUCAUCGUUGACGACAGCAAGAGAUUUUCAAGCAAUGUCACAGCACAUGGAAUUGUUGUUACGGAAAUUAGCUGCAUCACAUCCAUCACUUGUUUUAAGACAAAUUUCCAUGAUGGCAUCACUUUUACAGGGUCGUGCCCAUAUGGAUUUGCAUGUAUUACGAUCAAAUUAUCAUAUUCCACUGUUUAUCCAAGUGUUUGGCAUUUUAGAGCUACUGCAACCGUUGAUUUUUGAGCACAGCUAUCGCGCAUCAUUGCAUUCGGCACUUGAAUGUUAUUUCAGUUUAUUCCUAAAUCAUGGCACAACAAAAGACACAUUCGAUUUAAUGUAUCGAUUCAUGGAAUUUUUACAAAUUUAUACGCAAAAAGAUUCGGCAAAUGCAUGGAAAUUUAUUGAACCGCAUACCGAUUUAAUUGAAGAUUUAGCAGCCGACAAUCGCAUGAUAAUACCACUUCAACAAUUAGUUCAAGGGGUUUCUUUGAUCAAGUAUAAACAGAAUAAACGCAAUGAAAAUGAUAACUCAUCGUCGUUGUCGUCAUCGUCUUCGUCGUCACCAUCAUCCGUCAUUCAAUCAAAUACAGGCGCAUCCGCUAUUAUUCUAACGCCAUACACAAAAACUCUUAAUCAAACUUUGACCAAGUUACUGCUUGAAAUUCAACAUCGUUCAAAUGACGAGGUUUUAAGUCCACUACAGGAAUUAGAAAUCAUCACAACAAAACGUCAAGUGCCCUUAGAAUCGAUUCACGAACGACUUUUGACACUGAUUUCAUCGUCAACGGUUAGCAUCCGGCAAUCAGCCUAUUUACUAUUAAUUCGUCAUCUGAAAUCAAAUCCCGGCAAUUUGUCGGUGAAUGAAAACACACUUGCCGUUUACGUGCAAUGUUUACGUCAAAAAGACACCGGCGUUGUUAUAUCAGCCUUACAAUUUCUCACCGAAAUGGUGAUUUGCCUGCAGGAAUAUUCAUCGGAAAUAUUACGCAAUGCAUUCGAAAUGGGCAUCAAAUCGAAGAUCAACACAUUCGAACAUAUACGAAAAUGCAUACUUGCGCUCAAAACACAACAUGCAAGCUAAGGACAAAACACCAUCAAAUAUAAGCCACACACUUUACGACAAACAAAAUAUAACCAAACUAUCUUCUCGAAUAAACAUCAUUUUUUUUUCUUUAUGUUUUAUUAUUAUUGAAUUAUAUUUAGUAUAAAUGUCAA